AUGGAGAAUCAGGGUAUAGCUGCUUCUAAGCUUUCCUUCGGUGAUAUGGAGAUGGGUGAGCCGUCUUCUCUGUUGCAUGUCAACGAUAAGGACCAGACUGGUAAACCCCAAUCUGGGGAAGGUGUUUCCCCUUCAAAAGGCAUGUUUCAUUUAAGAAAAGAAAAUGGUUGUUUGGAGAGAUCCGAGGAUCGUCCAGUUCUGGUUAUCCAACCUGAGCAGGUUUCGGAGGAUGUUGAAUAUUGGGGCAAUCAUGCUCUUAUUUGCAAAUUUUUGGGCCUUCGUUUAUCUCUCCCUGUUUUGUAUGCUUGGGCACGUAGGGUUUGGAACCCUGAAGGUGAUAUGGAGAUUAUUCUGGCAGCUAAUAACUAUUUUUUGGUGGUCUUUUCAAGCAUGUCCGACAGGAAUAGGGCAUUCGAAGGAGGUCCUUAUUUCUUUAACCAGGUAGGGCUUUUCAUCAAACCUUGGCACAUGGGAUUCAACUCUGCUGAGGAGAUCCCUUUGCGGGUUCCCGUGUGGGUUCGUUUGCCGAGGCUUCCAUUGGAAUUCUGGAGGGAAGAUAUUCUUCACUCAAUCUCGUUGCUUCUUGGAAAACCUGUGGGAUCGGCUUCUCAAACUCAAGAUCGUAAGGUAAUUUCUUUUGCCCGCAUUUGUGUUGAAGUUGAUUUAAAUAAUCCAUUACCAGACUCUAUGGAAAUUCGCCUGGGAUCUUCUUCUUGGAUCCAACAGUUGGAUUAUGAAACCCUACCCUUUAGAUGCAGAAUUUGCCAUGAAUAUGGACAUUUGCACCGCAAAUGUCUUAGGUUUAAACCCUCUCCAUUAGCUACUUCUGGGCCUCCCAAGGGGGACAAGGGAAAGGCUCCAAUGUCUAAUGAACCUGUGGAUAAUGAGGGUUUUAUUCCGGUCAAGUCCCAUAACAAAGGAAAGGGCAGGAAGAGAUCUUGGAUGGAUAGGCAGAAUGAAGGAAACUUUAACAAGUUUGAGGUUCUUGAGGAUUUGACCCAGGAGGAGGGUAUUCCAGCUGAGCUCUCUUUUGGGGCUAAGGGUCUGCAAGAUGCUCAGGAUGAUGAUGCAAGGAAAGAGGAUCAAAUUCUAUCUCCAGGGGUUCAUCAGAAGGAUCAGAAGGCUAUGGACUCUUCAGCUCAUGCUCAGGAUUUUGGGGUUUUGCAGGGAUCACAGACUCCGAAAGACUCUGUUGCGGUAGUUCCUGACCCUCCUGCUCCUAAGGGGGCCUCAGAUCCUGUGAGGGGUAACAAAGCUCCUCCUACAUUAGGCCUACAGCAGAAAUCCUUUAAAAAGGGGUCUCUUGAUAAACCGUCAAAGAGUGGAAGGAAGACUGAUCAAGAGAAGGUUAAGCUUAUGGGUGAUACUUUGGUUGAGUCUGGGUCUGUGAAGCCCAUUGAUUCCCAUUUCUCUCACCCCCAUAAAUGA